UUUGUACCAUAAAUCCAACCAAGCCCCAUCCAUUGAAACCCCCCUCUCUCUCUCUCUCCCCCUCUCUCUCCACUGUCUCGUUCGAGCUUCUUGGGAGCAUCAAUGGCGGUGGCCAUGGCGAUUCUGGCACUGAUCUUGCUCCUCUGUUUCUGCUCUGCUCUGCUGCGAUGGAAUGAAGUUAGAUUCAGCAAAAAAGGGCUCCCCCCUGGUACAAUGGGCUGGCCUGUUUUUGGAGAAACCACUGAGUUUCUUAAACAAGGCCCCAACUUCAUGAAGACCCAGAGAGCAAGGUAUGGGAGCAUUUUCAAAUCCCAUAUUUUGGGGUGUCCUACUGUUGUUUCCAUGGAUCCAGAGGUCAAUCGAUAUGUUCUGAUGAAUGAAUCUAAAGGCCUUGUCCCUGGCUACCCUCAGUCCAUGCUUGACAUCCUCGGAAAAUGUAAUAUCGCCGCCGUCCACGGCGGCGCCCACAAGCUCAUGAGAGCUGCUCUGCUCGCCAUCGUCUCCCCGGCCAUGAUUAAAGACCGUCUUCUACCUAAAGUUGAUGACUUCAUGCGGUCCCAUUUGAGGAAUUGGGAUCGCCAAAUCAUUGACAUCCAAGACAAAACUAAAGAAAUGGCUCUCCGGUCGUCUUUGAAGCAGAUUGCGGGAAUCGAGUCCGGCCCGUUAUCGGAAUCGUUCAUUCCGGAGUUCUUCAAGCUUGUUCUUGGCACUCUCUCGCUCCCCAUCGAUCUUCCCGGCACCAACUACCGCCGAGGAAUUCAGGCAAGGAAGAACAUCAUAAAGCUGUUGCAGCAGCUGAUAAACGAGAGAAGAGCCUCAAAGACAGAGAAAGACGACAUGCUUGGGUUUUUUAUGAGUGAGGAGAACAAAUAUAAGCUUAAAGAUGAAGAGAUUAUUGAUCAGAUCAUCACUGUCUUAUACUCUGGCUAUGAAACUGUUUCCACAACUUCUAUGAUGGCUGUCAAGUUCCUCCAUGAUCAUCCCAAAGUUCUUCAGCAACUCAGAGAAGAGCAUAUGGCUAUCAGAGAGAGGAAAAAUCCAGAGGACCCCAUUGAUUGGGAUGAUCUGAAAGCCAUGAAGUUCACUCGUGCGGUGAUAUUUGAAACAUCAAGACUGGCCACAAUUGUUAAUGGGGUUUUGAGGAAAACUACAAAGGACAUGGAACUUAAUGGCUUUCUCAUUCCAAAAGGAUGGAGGAUUUAUGUCUACACCAGAGAGAUAAACUAUGACCCUUUUCUCUAUUCUGAACCAUUCACCUUCAACCCUUGGAGAUGGCUGGACAAAAACCUGGAGUCCCAUAAUUACUUCUUCAUCUUUGGAGGUGGCAGCAGACUUUGCCCUGGGAAAGAACUGGGAGUUGCAGAGAUUUCUACUUUUCUUCAUUACUUUGUAACUAAAUACAGGUGGGAAGAAGUUGGAGGAGAUGAGCUGUUGAAAUUUCCAAGAGUGGAAGCCCCAAGUGGGUUCCACAUUAGGGUUUCAUCUUACUGAUUGAACUAAUUAAAUAAUAAUUAAAGGGAAGAAAAAAAAAGAGUAGUGUGAAGAAUUGAUGUACAGAAGAAGAUGAAGAUGUAUAGGCAAUAUCAAUGUUAGAGAAAUUAAUAUAUGGAGGGAGGAUGUACAAUAACAUUCUAACACCUUAGGGACAAAAGGAAUGAAAUUAAAUUUUCAAGUA